AUGGAUCAGGACCUUUGGACCGUAAAAACACGUAUCCUUUCGCCUUUGAAGGAGUCGAAGGAUAACAAGAGAAUCCAAUUUGAUGCUAACGUAUCCGGAUUUCUGGCAAAAUGUAUCAUUGAAGACGAAGCCAUCAAACAAUACAUGAUCCAUAACAACAUUUGUGAAGGCUCCAUGGUGCAAUUCGAUGGACGUCCAAUGGUGACAUUGGGUGAAUGCUUUCGACAGCAUCAACGGCUCGUCAUGAAGGUUUUGACUUUGAAGCUGGUGAUUACGGGCAAUACCGAACGACUCACACGAGACGGAAGGCGUAAUGAAACUAUGAAAACAUUCAAUGGCGAUACAGCAGAUAUUGAAGCUGGGUUUUACAAGAUGCAUGAAACACUCGAACGCAUACGAAAACGUUAUCCUGUCACUGAGGAGGAGAUCAAUGACCUUGACGACAUAUUGAAAAAGUGUCGUGCUCAACUCGACCACGAACUCAAAUUGCUGCACAAAGAAUAUCCAUGCAGCUUGCAACAAGAUUCAAAAAAGCAAUGA